AGAGGGCGAACCAUUUGUAGUUAAGUUCAACACCCACGAAGAAGAACCUUUUCCGGUGUUUUAAAUGGUGGCGGCAGUUUGUUUUUGUUAGAUUUUAAUGCUGUUAUGCUCUCAACUACUACCAAGUACAAGGUGCGUUUCUCGAAUUGGCUUUUACUUUCUUGUUUAUUCGACGUACAAGUUUUAAACGUUUAGGUUUAAGGCUUGGGGACGAGUAUAAAGCGAGAUGCAAACGUCGGAAGCAGAGGACCUGUCUCAGUUGGCGUUGGUUUUCUUCGACUUGGAGACAAAUGGACUCAGCCAGAGAUGCGAGAUGGUCCAGUUGGCUGCGGUGAGCGGCGUUCGCUGUCUGAACCUGUACACCGUCCCCCGCUGUCCAAUGGAGCCAGGCGCCGCAAGGGUGACGGGCUUCAGGGUGCGCCGACAGAAACUCUACCUCCACCGACGGCCCGUCCUCACCAAGACCUUGCGGGAGGUGCUGGUGUCCUUCAUCACAUUCCUCCAAGCGCUCGGACGCCCUCUCCUGGUGGGACACAACAUCCGCCGCUUCGACUGCCGCCCGCUGGCCCGAGCGCUCGAUGAGACGGGCCUCAGAGCUUCGUUCGAGUCGUCCAUCUCGGGAUGUGUGGACACCCUGCCGCUGGCCCGGGAGGUGCUGAAGGAGUGUGGCCUGCGGAGCUUCAAACAGGAGCACCUGGUCAGGGAGAUCCUGGGCAUGGACUACAAGGCCCAUGAUGCUUUGGAGGACGUUCGGGCCUUACAGAGGCUCUACCAUGUGCUCCAUCCCUCACCUGAGGUGGUCAGCCGCCAUUUAUUCAGUCUGAGUGUCACACAGGAGACCACCCCAGAGGUGGCCACCGCUCACAAAGGGUCCGGUCUACUGCCUGGACAGCGCCUCCUGUGGCAGCAUGUGAAACAGCCAGUGGAGGACAGAGUUGUGGCACAAGACACACCUUAAUAUUUGAAUUAUUUACAUUUUUUUAAAACCGUUUUGUCUCUAGCUUGCUCACUGUCCACCACAUGUUUUUAUUUCAACUUCUGAACUCUCAUAUUCAGAAGUACCUACAUUGUUCAAUUAACUUUUUAUUACCAAAUAAAUAUUUAAAGGCUUUACUAUUGAACGCA